CAGCCAGAGAUUCAGUGUGCUCUGACGGCUCGACUCGAUUAGACAACACAUCAAAGUUCAGCACCAUGGCCGAUGAGAAGAAGAAGGUUAAGAAGAAGAAGACCAAGGAAGAGGGUGGUACUUCCGAAACCGCUUCUGAGGCCGCAUCCGAGGCAGCAACCCCGGCACCAGCUGCCACUCCUGCCCCGGCCGCAUCUGCCACUGGUUCGAAGAGAGCGUCGGGCGGAUCCCGUGGCUCCAGGAAGUCGAAGCGCGCUGGCUCCUCGGUCUUCUCUGUGUUCUCCCAGAAGCAGAUCGCCGAGUUCAAGGAGGCCUUCCAACUCAUGGAUGCCGACAAGGACGGUAUUAUUGGCAAGAACGAUCUGCGCGCUGCCUUCGACUCCGUCGGCAAGAUCGCCAACGACAAGGAGUUGGACGCCAUGCUGGGCGAGGCCUCGGGUCCGAUCAACUUCACCCAGUUGCUGACCCUGUUCGCCAACCGCAUGGCCACCUCCGGUGCCAACGAUGAAGACGAAGUUGUUAUUGCUGCCUUCAAAACAUUCGAUAACGAUGGUCUCAUCGACGGUGACAAAUUCCGCGAAAUGCUCAUGAACUUCGGUGACAAGUUCACCAUGAAGGAGGUUGAUGAUGCCUACGAUCAGAUGGUGAUCGACGACAAGAACCAGAUCGAUACCGCCGCCCUGAUCGAGAUGCUCACCGGCAAGGGUGAAGAGGAGGAGGAGGAGGCCGCCUAAGGCACAUCCGAUCACAUCCUAACUUCUAACUCAACAUCCAUUUUACAGCCAGAAUCAGAACGUUAAAUCAAUCAGUCAAAUCAGUAAUAAUAAACGUAAUUAAAAGAAACGCUCGUUUACAUAUGUAGAUUCUCAGUAUCUUGUAAUCUCUUUUGUUAACCAUCACCAAGUACCUUGUACCAAGAACAACACCACCAACCAGAUCAGCAACAUCCGAUCAAACUGAACCUCAAAAGAACUUCUUCAGCAACAUUUGGUAGCGAUCAGAACCAUUUACCAUGUAUCUGUCCAUCAUAGUUAGGGAUACUUACGAUCACGUUCACUGUCACGGCAAGAACUGACGCGUAGUUUUCUAGUUGAUUUACUGUUAAAUUUUACACGUAAAAUUUAUAAAACAUAUGCUAUCUAUUUUAUUUAAAACACCUAUAAAAUCAACAAAAAAAACUUAAAAACAACAAACAAGCCGUGUCUAUUUUUAUAUCGCUGUCCGUUGAAGAACUAAAGAGAAGAACCCCCAGAGAGAGAUGAUUACCAGAUCGAGAUCGAGAUCGGAAUCGAAAUGAGGAUGUAUGAUGUAUGAUUUAUGAUGUAGGGAGGACGAAGACGAUGUUGAUGGGUAGCCGGGCUGUAUUCGUUAGCCCUGCACCCGCGAGUUCAAUUUGAUUAUGAAUAUGAAUUUUAGCCAGUUUUGUGAGUUACAAUGUUUUUCGUUCAAGAAAUCUCGCAGGACCAGGAGAGAGAGAGGUAAACCCAUAACAAACUAUUGUUAGGGAUCAUUUAACUGAGAGCCAAAUAUAUAUCCUACUAUCACAAAAUAUUUAUCGUUAUACAUAUCUAUCGUUCGUUACUUACUUAUUUAUCAGUUAUGAGUUAUCAAUAUUAUUGCAAGUUAUCGAGAGUUAGGCUAAUAACAGAGAAACAUUAAGUUCAUUCACUCAAAUUGUUUAAUGCGAAUUUAUAUAACUUAACCAUCGCCACCACCACAACUUUCUGCUUAUGAACUAUCAGCGAUAUAAACCACCCAAACGAACAAACAACCCAAAAUGAUAUCUGAAAUAUGAAGAAACAUUCAAAUAACAAACCCAGUGUUUCUAGUUAAUGCGUUUUGAAGCUUCCAGGAUGAUACGCCUCCCCGGGAAAUAGACGGUCGGGGGGGUUUUAGUUUGAAUAAGGUGCCCAUAACCACUAGUACCUAGGCUGAUCGGAGGAAGCACAAUAUAUUGCCUUAUUUAUCUAAUACUACUAUUACUCAGAACUCAACACUUGACACUCGACACGAGCACACACCACACUCACACGCACACUGCAAUCCAUUUCAAAGUGCAACAUGCAACAAGUUGUUAAAUGCAAAUCGAAUCUUUACUUCAGUAUAUUUUAAGCUACACACGGCAAGAUGAAAAAAUUCAGAAAACUUUUAACCCGGUCAGGAAUAUUAACAAGAGUAAAACAAAAAACAUCUAAAAAUAGAAAACAAGUAACUGUUUUUAUACAACAUAACUAGAUGAUGAUACGAUGACGAAGUCUUGGAAUAAAGCAAAAGAGAGUCGUCUUG